AUGGCUGAAGGAGUGGCAACCUUGGAGAUGGUCUACAAAAGGGAGGUGGAUGAGCUUCGGCACCGACAGAAGCUGGGUAUCCAGAAGCCUUGCUUCAUGACAGAGUUCUUGGAUGCUGGGAAGGACCGAGGGUUUUCCGACGAGGAGCUCUGCUUCAUCUCCGGAACCUUGAUGGAAGCAGGCUCGGACACCACCAGAAUCUCCCUGCACGAAGUUGUGGCAGCGGCUGCUUUAUAUCCCGACUGGGUCGAACGCGCACGGAUGCAGCUGGAUCGGGUGUGCGGGGCCAAUGGUGAGCGAUUGCCAGUCGCACAAGAUCUUGCUCAAUGCCCUGUCAUUAGAGGCGCAGUCAAGGAGAGCAUGCGUUGGAAACCUACUAUAGCAGAGACAGGCAUUCCGCACUGCUUGCUCGAAGACGACAACUUCGAAGGCUACCGUGUUCCCCUCUGGAUCUGUGUUCACCUGGAAUCACUGGGGAAUAUCGAAUUCGGCCUUGGACUCGAUAUGGCUUUGAAAGGCCAUCUGGGCUUCGGUGCCGGUCGAAGGGCUUGCGUCGGAUACUCUGGUGGCGUAGACAACCUUGGCAUCGCAAUUGCGAGGAUUGUUUACUGUUUCAACUUCGAACAGGAUUCAUCAGCUCCCAUCGACACUUCGACACCAUUUCACUCAAAGAAUGACGGUCCAUUCAAAGUUAUCAUUACGCCAAGGAGUGAAUGA